CCCCGCCCCUUCCCCCGCCCGGGCGGCCAUGGCCAUUCCCGGCAUCCCCUAUGAGCGACGGCUUCUCAUCAUGGCGGACCCUAGAGAUAAGGCGCUUCAGGACUACCGCAAGAAGCUGCUGGAGCACAAGGAGAUCGACGGCCGUCUCAAGGAGUUAAGGGAACAAUUAAAAGAACUUACCAAGCAGUAUGAAAAGUCUGAAAAUGAUCUGAAGGCCCUACAAAGUGUUGGGCAGAUUGUAGGUGAAGUACUUAAGCAACUAACUGAAGAAAAAUUCAUUGUUAAAGCCACAAAUGGACCACGAUAUGUUGUGGGUUGUCGUCGACAGCUUGACAAAAGUAAGCUGAAGCCAGGAACAAGAGUUGCUUUGGAUAUGACUACACUAACUAUCAUGAGAUAUUUGCCAAGAGAGGUGGAUCCACUGGUCUACAACAUGUCUCAUGAGGACCCUGGGAAUGUUUCUUAUUCUGAGAUUGGAGGACUAUCAGAACAGAUUCGGGAAUUGAGAGAGGUGAUAGAAUUACCUCUGACAAACCCAGAAUUAUUCCAGCGUGUGGGAAUAAUACCUCCAAAAGGCUGUUUGUUAUAUGGACCACCAGGUACAGGAAAAACACUUUUGGCAAGAGCUGUUGCUAGCCAGCUGGACUGCAACUUCUUAAAGGUUGUAUCUAGUUCUAUUGUAGACAAGUACAUUGGUGAAAGUGCUCGUUUGAUCAGAGAAAUGUUUAAUUAUGCCAGGGAUCAUCAACCAUGCAUCAUUUUUAUGGAUGAAAUAGAUGCUAUUGGUGGUCGUCGGUUUUCUGAGGGUACUUCAGCUGAUAGAGAGAUUCAGAGAACUUUAAUGGAGUUACUGAAUCAAAUGGAUGGAUUUGAUACUCUACAUAGAGUUAAAAUGAUCAUGGCUACAAACAGACCGGAUACACUGGAUCCUGCUUUGCUUCGUCCAGGAAGAUUAGAUAGAAAAAUACAUAUUGAUUUACCAAAUGAACAAGCAAGAUUAGAUAUAUUGAAAAUCCAUGCAGGUCCCAUUACAAAGCAUGGUGAAAUAGAUUAUGAAGCAAUUGUGAAGCUUUCAGAUGGCUUUAAUGGAGCAGACCUGAGAAAUGUUUGUACUGAAGCAGGUAUGUUUGCAAUUCGUGCUGAUCAUGAUUUUGUAGUACAGGAAGACUUCAUGAAAGCAGUCAGAAAAGUGGCUGAUUCUAAGAAGCUAGAGUCUAAAUUGGACUACAAACCUGUGUAAUUUACUGGAAGGUUUUUGAUGACUGCAUGACAGAUCCUGGCUUAAUGUAAAAAUAAAGUUAAGGAAAAUAAUGUAUGUAUUGGCAAUGAUCUCAUUAAAAGCAUAUGAAUAAAAAUAUGUAUGGAUAACACUGUAAAAAUUAGUAAUUGAGUAAUUCUACUUUUAAGAUUGGUACAGAAGAAAUUUGUAUGUUUGUUAAUAUUGCAUUUAUUGCAGCAAAAGUUAUGAGUAUGUUGAAGCUUUUCGUAUUUGCUGUGUGACCAUUUUGUAAAACAUUGAAAGUAGUUUGAAAUCGUAGUAUGAGAGCAUUUCUUAUGACUUAUAUCAUUUGUUUUCCUCAUCCUAAAAAGUUGAAUAAAAUCCGUUUUAGUUCUCCUACAUAUAUUUUUGUCUUUUUAAAGAUUACAUUUAUGAUGGUCCUUUUAGUAAAUUAUUUAAUAAUCAAAAUGAAUUCUCUUUAGAUUACAGGCUUUUGAAUUUUAAAACCGUACACACACUCAGUGUUCCUAACAGCGUCUUGUUAUAUAAAGCAUAGAUGUGUAUAUCUAUAUUGAUAAUGGAAGGUCUUUAUUCACUCUUCACCUAUGAUUAGACUGUAUGAUAGCUAAUUGAAAUAGUACAUGCAUGUCCAUAACCAUUUUUUAGAUUGAUUAAAAGUAAUAUUUGCUAACAAA